ACAUUGAAAGCACCUUCGCCAAGGGUUUCACCAAAAUUAGUACUGGACUAGUCCAGUUUGAAAAGCUGGCGCGCAGCACAUCACGUAUAAACCGGAGAGUCGGAAAAAGCCGGCGGUUCCUGACGCGCCCAAACACCUGGUGACGCCGGGAGACGUCAUCACAACGGACACGGGAUACAUGAGUUGACCCUCUAGCUGACGACUGGCUUCAUCAUACAAUUUGUGGGAACAGUUUGAAGUUCAGUACUCCACACAAGUCUGACAUCUGAUGAAAGACAAAAAAACACGCCAUUUCAAAGACCAGCUGUGAUGAUGGCAAGUCCGUACCAACUGUACUAGUAUUGUAGUACAUUGUACAACUUUCAGGCCUUCUCAGAAAUCGAACGCGUACGUACAUUCAGAGCUGUUAUAUUAGCACGAUGGAUUCCAUGGAAGACAGUUCUGAAGAUUUUGACACAAUAGUAAUUCGAAGCAAAUCUAGGCACUAUGGCCAUGGUGAAUUCCAUGGUGAUAAUUCUGCACAGUACCACGAGGAUGGUUCCUGUACCUUUGGAAAUAAAUACAAUAGUGACGAGCUAUGUGCUGAACUCAUCAGACAGCGGAAGACCGGUGAAUUUGUUGACGUGGUGGUGGAGGUAGCAGGCAGGGAGUUCCCUUGUCACCGGGCUGUGUUGGCGGUCACGCCGUACUUUAGAACCAUGUUUUCCGCCAAACUCGUGGAAAGCCAGGCGAAGGUCGUAACAGUACACGAUAUUGACUCUGGCAGCUUUUCCAAGAUUCUGGACUUCGUGUACACGGGAGAAAUCUUGAUUGGUAAAGAUGAUGUCCAAGACAUCCUGCAGGCAGCACACAUGCUGCAGGUUGAAGAAGUGCUGAGAUACUGCAAAAUGUUCAUUCAGAAAAACCUUUGCCCGUCCAACUGUGUGGGUGUCAUGUGUCUUGCCGACAUGUAUGGCUUGUGUGAUUUGAAAAAGACAGCAAGACGCAAGGCAUUGUCUCAGUUCUCAGAGUUUGGACGAAGUGAGGAAUUUCUGAUCCUUUCAACACAGCAGCUCUUGGACCUACUCAGAGACAAGGAGUUACGUGUUGAGAAUGAAGACGACGUUGUCCUUUCUAUGAUAAGAUGGCUUGAUCAUGAACCAGAAAGCCGCAAGACUGAGGUAUCCAGAAUCCUGCCAGUGAUUCACUUGUCAAGUGUAAGGGUCAGUGUGCUAAAGAAGUUGGAGGCCCACCCUACGGUACAGGAGUCACCCGAAUGUCUGGCCAAAAUCACAGCUGCGAAGGAGGAACAUUUAAAGCUGAUGGGAGACACAGGAAGAGAGGAAGAUGGAAGAAAACCUAGAUGUGGGAUUUCGGACGACCUGGCAAUCAUUGUCGGUGGUUGGAAGGCGGUCACUCAACAGUAUUACAGCGAAAAUCCCACACCACCGAUGCCUCUCCAAAGCAUAAUUUGUAUGGAUCCAGAUUGUAAUCAAUGUUACCAUGUCACUGACCUUCCGACACCCAUCGUUGGAUGCAUGAGUGUCGCAAGUGCAGGACGAUACUUGUACGUGACAGGAGGGCGUGCCGUGUCAUUACUUCACCUUCCAUCCAAGCAAGCCUUUCGGUACGACUUCGCUACAGACACUUGGACAAGGUUACCCGACAUGCCUCGUGGUAGGGCGGGGCACCAGUCUGCAAUUGUUGAUGGAAAACUCUUCCUGGUUGGAGGGGACACUGCAGAGACGUUGUUCAACAUAUUCAGUAUGGAGUGUUUUGAUAUUGAAGCAGAAGCUUGGAUAAAGCCACCUGAAAUGCCUGCUAUCAUCCCGUCACCUAACCUGAAGGUGAUAGCAUGCGGGGGUAAGCUUCUGCUCAUUCAGGGACUUAGAAAGAAGAGAAGGUUGUGUGUCCAUGCCUUUGAGGUUGAAACUCAAGAUUGGACUUACAGCAGCACACCUAAUCCAGCCAUUGACUUUAAUGUGGCUAUCAGAGCGACUGCUGUUAACAACAAGGUACAUCUCUAUGUUGAUAGAUGUUUUUCCUGUUAUGUGGCAGCCUACACCUACGAUGUUGACAAGGAAACCCCAACUAUUGAGGAGGAGAAGCCGAAAACGCAAGAGGAUGUUUACAUAGUUCAUGGAGUAUGCAGGAACCGUAAGUACUACGUCAAUGCACAGAAUGGUAUCAUCAAUACCAUACCAAGAAUAAACUAUGGUAAGGUACGAAGUCCCGACCAGAUAAAGGAAUACACCCGACGACCGAAUCUUCCCUUUGCCUUGUUUGGCCACGGAUUCCUGGCAACCAAGAAAAGUCGUGUUGGGUGGUACUGCCGGGACCAGCUAGCAAAAGUGGAGAAGGAGAAGGAACUGCAGGAUGCGGACAAAGAUUAUGAGACAACCUCAGACGAGUCAGAGUCAGAUGAUGACUCCUACUGAGUCCCAGACUUUGUAAUUUCAUGUUUCUCUGUUUCUUCGUACAUGUAAAAUUCUGCCAUUGCUGUUAAUAAAACCUGGUCUGUUAA